GCAACUUCAUUCUUUUUCCGGUACAAGUGUCAAAAAACAAGACUCGACGAUUGCAGUUUGCCCAACUUUUACCAUAUUUUAGGAUCUAAAUCGUAUCAAAAUGGCAAAAAAGAAAGGUGAAAACUACGAGAGUGACGGAGGUGAUGAUUCUAACUACGACGAAGAGCCAAUUUUUGAUGAUCCGGCGGGUUUUGUCGAUGAUGUUGGGGAUGAAGAACUGCUGGGUGAUUAUCUGAAACGUAAACCGUGUGAGUCCGACGGUGUAGAGAAUGUUAUCGUUGUGGACAACAUUCCGGUUGUAGGUCCUGCGCGCUUUCCGAAGCUACAAGGAGUGUUGGAGAAAAUUUUCAAGAGUGCUGGUGGAGUUAUUGUUAACAUUCACUACCCUAAAGAUGAUGAGGACAACACCAAAGGCUAUGCAUUCAUCGAAUUUAAAAGUCCUGAAAUGGCCGAAGAGGCGGUGAAGGCAUUUAACAACUACCGUCUGGAUAAAUCGCAUACCUUACUGGUGAAUCUGUUUUCCGACUUUCAAAAAUAUUCAGACAUCCCGAAAGAAUGGAGUCCACCGGAACCGCAGCCAUACAAGGUGCAAAAUGAUCUGUAUAAUUUCUUAACCGAACCUGAUGCUCAAGAUCAAUUUUGUGUGGUGGCGGAAGCAACACCUGGUGCUGUGCAAGUUCAGUUUUGGCAAAACGCUCAACCGGAACCUGUGGAAUUAUUAACUCGUGAGCGUUUUACCGAAACCUAUGUCAAAUGGUCCCCUCUAGGAACCUACAUUGUGACAUAUCACAAGCAAGGUGUAGUGAUUUGGGGUGGGUCAAAUUUCACAAAGAUUAACAAGUUUGCCCAUUCUAAUACGCAAUAUGUGGAUUUUUCGCCUUGUGAGCAGUAUUUAGUAACGUAUGGUCCUAACGGUCAGAAAAUCGUUAUCUGGGACAUCCGAACUGGCACGGAAAAACGUUCUUUUGUUUCGGAUGGUUCGUCUAACAUGUCAAUGUUCCGGUGGUCCCACGACGACAAGUAUGUUGCGAGGAUGGGAGAUAAUGCUAUACACGUGUAUGAGACAACGACGUUCUACCUUUUGGAUAUGAAAUCUAUCAAAGUGCAAGGCAUUCGAAAUUUUAGUUGGUCUCCAACGGAUAAUAUCAUUGCUUACUGGAUGUCCGAAGAUAUUGAAGCGCCUUCCCGUGUCACCUUGCUAGAAAUACCGAAAAAAAUUGAAAUUCGUAAUAAAAAUCUGUUCAAUGUUGCUGAUUGUAAGAUACACUGGCAAAAGUCGGGAGAUUAUUUGUGUGUGAAAGUUGAUCGCUAUUCGAAAUCGAAAAAGGAUAAGAAAGACGCCGAUGUUAAGUUCCUUGGAAUGUUUUAUAAUUUUGAAAUAUUCCAUAUGCGAGAGAAGGAUAUUCCUGUGGAUUCAGUAGAGGUCAAGGAAACGAUUCUAGCGUUUGCAUGGGAGCCGGUUGGUUCGAAAUUUUCGAUUAUUCACGGAGAACCAUCGUCCGCGAACGUAAGUUUUUACGAAGCUAAGAAAGGUCAAGAGCCGACCAUGCUGAAGAAGAUGGAAAAGAAGGCCUGCAGUCACUUGUUCUGGUCUCCUCGAGGGCAGUUUAUUGUGCUAGCAAAUUUGCAAGUUGGUUCUUUUGAAUUCGUGGACACGAAUGAUUUCACCAUCAUGAAGAGUGGAGAUCACUAUCGCGCUUCCGAAGUGGAAUGGGAUCCAACAGGCCGGUAUGUCGUAACUGGAACAUCUGGCAAGGUCAAGGAAGAUCACGGAUACUAUCUCUGGUCAUUUCAAGGUCGAAUUCUAAAGCGCGUCAACGUCAAGAACUUCAUCCUUUUCUUAUGGCGUCCACGUCCACCGACUCUGCUGCCAGACGAGAAACAAAAAGAGAUUCGAAAGAAUCUCAAGAAAUACUACGCACAGUUUGAGAGUAAAGAUCGAGUUCGAAUGACGCGAGCCUCUAAAGAACUUCUGGAGAAGCGUGCUAAACUGCGCGAUGAGUUUGUAGAGUACCGUAGCAAGCGUGUGAGUGAGUGGGAGGGACAGAAAUAUCGUCGAAUGCAGCUUAGAAAUAACGUGGAUACUGAUACCUUGGAAGCAGAUCCAGAUAACGUAGAAGAAGAAAUUGUUGAAAUUCUAGUACGCGAAGAUAACACCGUGAUCGAGUAGUCCGUAUAAGGCAAUUGUGUUUUUAGGCUAUUGAAAAGUUAUCUAUCAAUGCAAUAGCCUUCAACAAGUGUAGUUUGAUUGUUAAAACUCCGUGGAAUACAGUUAAUCAAGCUACACAACAGACAAACAAAUUGUAGACUAUUUUUUACUUUGCAAAUUAAACAAAUGCUUCUCAAUUUGACUUAUAAUAAAUAUUCUGUAGUGUAUGACAAAAUUCAAA